UAAUAAUAUAUAUGUAUAUAUAUAAAUAUGUAUAUAAAAAACUUUGUCGAUUAAGAUGUUUUUAAGAUGCUUCCAAACACAAGAAUCAUUUUACAAAACGAUGAUUACGACUUUUUAAGCGGCGAUGCCACAAGCUGUACUGUUCUACUAGAAAAUGUCGAUCUUCUUCAUUUCAUAGAAUUAUUCGUAGCCCUCGAUAGCGAGAUCUUGGUUGAUUGGAACAAAAAUCAAAAAAUGGUUUUAUUAUGCAUUACGUGCAAACAAGCUGACUUACGUCCUAUCAGGCUAUCAUUGCCAUGAGUCCUCUUUAAACAUACCUCGAGCUACGCCAUCAUCAUGUAUGUCAAAGUUUGUUUGCAUUAAAUAUGAAUUAACUCCGGUGCUUCAUUAUUCCAAACGCUUUCAUAAAUUGUACACUCUACCCAUUAAUAAACACCGAAGUUUUAAUUUGUCCUUAAGCCGGAAACUAUUGAUGUCGCUGUUUUAGUUUGAGGUAUUUACAAAAUGAAGACCAUCAAUGUGGCAAUUUAUCAAUUACGCCACUGACAGUUCUUCAAUAGCCACAGUCAACAAUACACUUAAGCUCUUGAAUGUGUGAUUAAAAGGCAGUAAAUUUACUUAUAGUUAAAAAAAUUUAUAAAACAAAUUUUACGAUUAAUGCUCUGUUAAUAAAUAGACAAGAGUUUACGUUAAGUAUUAUAUUUCAAGGAAAACCGUUAUUUUUUGAAAUUAAAAUGAAAUGAUGGAUCCAAAGUAUCAGCAACAUCAACAUCACUCGCUUACUAAAUCAAUUAAUGGAGCUGAAGAGAAUCGUCAAUAUUUACGUGCCUUCAUACAGACAUAUCGUAAUUUGCCAGUAUUAUGGGAUACUUCAUUGAGGGACUAUACUAACCGAGAUAAACGUGCCGAAGCGUAUCAACAGUUGGUGCCCAUUUAUCGUUACCUUAAACGUGAUGCUAAUCUUGAGGAUGUUAAGAAAAAAAUCAACACAUUGCGUACAAAUUAUCGCAAAGAACUGAAAGUAGUCGAGUCUGCUCGCCGGGAGGGGAACGUUUAUCAGCCACGUUGUUGGACAUUUUAUGAAUUAGACUUUUUACGGAAUGCCGAGAAAUUCUUAGCCGUAAAUCCUCAAAUUAAAAGCGAAAAUUCAUUUCUCUUUAAUGAACACUCGCCUAAUCAGUUUCUGGAAGCUUCACUUUAUGGAUUUCGUAGUAUAGCCUGCACCCCACCACCUAAUAUAAGCGAAAUGUUUCACAAAUCGUUUGGACAAGCGCCAGCACUCAAUACGCAACAAAAGGUAGAACAUCAGGCAGCUAGCACACCGCCAUUGGGUACGCUACCAGGUGGCCAACAAGUAACAAAUAAUCAUGGCAAUUCCGUAACAGCUUCUCAGCUUUAUCAGCAGCAGCAGCAGCAGCAGCAACAACAGCAGCCGCAGCAGCAACAAUCACAACAGCACAACUCACAGAAUGUAAAUUCUGUUCCCCACACAACUGUAAAACGCUUGCGCGCGAAUUCUCCUGCGAAUGGCCACGGCAACAAUCCAUCUCGUCCCCCUUCCAACGAAACCUUAGCGAUGGCCUGUGAUUAUCUAUCUUCUAGUUAUCCAGAGGAGGAGUCAUUAGCGCGCACCUGGACUUUUAAACUAAAACGUUUGCCCCGCGAUCAACGUUUAUUGGCAGAAAAAUUUAUCAGCGACGUCUUAUUCGAAGCGGAGUCCGGAACAUUGCAUCGCGGCUCAAUGCAAUUAAAUGCUUUCGAGCCAUAUGUACGCUUCGAGGACAACACGUCAGACGAGGCUACAGAAAAUGAAAAAUCCCAAAGUCCUUCGAAUCAAAUAGCAAACAACACUAGCAGAAAUUUGUCAAACUGUGCAGACAAUGCAACAACUCCGGCGCAAUCAACGCAGACAUCACAAAAAGUUGAAAUGGAAUUGCAACAAAAAAAUGACACUGAAAACAAAUUUAAUGACUACAAUUGA